CUUUCAGUGUGUGUUGCAGGAUGCUCUGGCUGCGUAAGAGAACUUCAGACUCUAGAGGUCUCCAUCCUUCAGCAUCCCCUCAGCAGCCACCUAUUCGCCCUCUCCUCCUCUUUGGGAGCUUUGUGUAGCGCAGGAGGAGAUGAGGAGAGGCUGCCCGAGGAGGAGACAGAGGGGAGCCCGAGACAAACACGUCCCACGCCAGAACCACACAGCCGGUGGGCAACUUUGAUUUUUUAUUUUUUUUAUUUUUGGACGCCGCGGAUAGCCUGCGACUGACACAUGACAAUGAAGAGAAAGAGCCACGUUUCCUCUUCUUUCUCUACCCCUUCCUCUCCUUGGGAGGCUUAGAUGCGUCAGGCGUGUGCAACAUACUACUACGUCCUUGGACUGAGACGCUCAAUGAAGAUUUAUUUCUCUGUGAUUUCGCUGCUCAGCUCGCUGAUGGUGCCGCCUCGCCGUGCCUGCGCUUAGGUCAGCCGAAUGAAUCCGAAGGCGGUCUGAGCGCUUUGUUUCCUGCUCCGUUGCAUUUGGGAUUUCCAGCCGUGAUGUCUGCAAUCUUGCGCUCUUUGUUUCUCGUUCUGUUCGGUCUGCUGUCAGUGGGUGCCCAGACAGAGAUGAAGAAGGUUGUUGGGGACAAUGCCACUUUACCGUGCCACCACCAGUUUCCAGCUUCCAGCCCUCUUGACAUUGAGUGGUUGCUGCAGAAACCUAACUCAAAGCAGAAAGUGAUUAUUACUUUCUUCGGAGGACAGGUCUACACUAACGAGGCCGUUGGCAGUGACGCCAGCCGCUUGUCCUUCGCCGGGGAGUACCUGGGCGGCGAUGCCUCCCUGCUGAUCAGUGACCUGCUGCUGACCGACUCCGGGGAGUACUACUGUAAAGUCAAGACUGGGGGAAAGUACCACUGGAGCCAGGUCAACCUCAUUGUUCUGGAAAAGCCCUCCAAGCCAAGGUGCCGGAUGGAUGGAAAACUCUUGGAGGGCAAGGAUGUCAAGCUGAGCUGUAAAUCCAGCGAUGGUUCAGACCCCAUUAGCUACAAGUGGGAGCGAGUGCUUGACAAAGGGAAGAGUUUGGGCAAGCUUCCAAACUUGGCACUGAUAGAUCUGAAGAACCCAGAGAUUGUCACCCUGAGGAAUCUUACCAUGGACAGCACAGGUGUCUACAGGUGCACAGCAAGCAACGACGUGGGAGAGGAAAACUGCACCAUUGAGGUCACGAUGCAGCAUGUGAGGGAUGUUGGGACGGUAGCGGGAGUAGUGGUGGGAAUAUCCCUGGGUGUCCUCAUUGUCAUAAUAAUCAUCUGGCUCGUCUUCUGGAAGAAAGAAAAAAAGAAGUACGAAGAGGAGGAGACCCCAAAUGAGAUCAGGGAAGACGCUGAGGCUCCCAAGGCCAAACUGGUGAAGCCAAACUCGCUGUCCUCGUCCCGCUCUGGCAGUUCACGCUCCGGCGCCUCCUCCACCCAAUCAAUGGUGCACAACAGCACCCAACGUGGCCACCGCCCACGUCCACCUGCAGUGGCAGCUCUCAAGGAAAAUGGACAGCCUCCAGGCUUCCCCCAGUCCCCUCCUGCUUACACCACAGUGGUGCCCCCCAAAACCCCUGAGCCCCCUGUCACUCCAAAAUUCAACUCCAGGAACAUGUCUGGACCCACACCCCCAACUCUCAUGGUCCCAGCCCAGACCAAGGCCUUUCAGACUGUGUAGGACUGAAAGCCACGCCCUUUCCUGCAGCCAUGUAAGACUCCGACCCCUCCCUGAGGCCCCAUAACCCUCUCUCCCAAAGACUGAGACUCUUCCAUAAACAAAGAAAUGCAACUAGUUUAAAGGAUGUAAUUAAAAAAAAUCAAUACUAUAAUUCCAAAAGUACUUUUAAUGAAUGCAUAACUUAAAGGGUAAAAUAUAAGACAUGCUUGCCCCUACUGAUUCAAAAAAUAAAAAACAAACAAAAAAGCUGAAACUUGAGAUGCAAAACGAUCCCAUGGCUGAAGGUAGAACUUUUUUGCUGCAUUUCUUCUUUUUGCUUCAGAUGGCACAGAGAAGCACCAUGUGCAUUGAGGUGGAAGGCGCCCCCUUGAAGAGCUUUAUUUAUUUAUCAAAUCAAAGGCUUAGGCAUGCAGUCGGAGUGAGAAAAGGAAACUAAAAACAUACUUACAUUCGCCAUCAGUUAAACAAGAUGAAUAUAAGUAGGGCGGAAAAGAGGGGAAAAGUGGGAGACUGUCUGGGAAGCUGGGUGUUUUUUGUUUUUGUAAAGUUGGAGACCAGGGAGGAGGGGGUGAUUCUCUGAUUCAUAUCACUCUUCACCUCUGUCUGGCUGCUUCCAACUACUUGCUCUAAAACCACAAACCGCUUUGCCUCCCCCCAUGGGCCUGGCCGAUUUUGCCCAUCCAUGUGGACAGACACGGUGCGCAGCGUGUGCAUCAUCCGCCUCGUUGCUUUCGGUCUUUUGUGCUCUCGCAGAGGAACCCGUGAGAAACCACAGACUGACUCAGCUGGCUCGUGAACGCCUCAUCUGCUUCACUGUUCAUACGGCAUACGGGGCGGAAGGGACUUCAGGAGCAAGGAUGUAGCAUUGACAGUCAAAUCAAUGGACUUGUUAUCGUUCCUCCCACGUCUACAUUGUUAAACUCCUGUACUGCUACCAAAUAUUCUCCUAAGUACUUUAGUAGCAUUUAUUAGGCCUAUAGCGAUUCUUUAAACAUAGAGGUAAGCAUCUAUUAGAACAGCUAGGAUCUUUGUUUGGUUUUGUCUCUGUUUUCUUUUGUCUCGUUUUCCUGUGCGGGUUACAAAAUGUCAAAGGCAGCCAUGUGUCCAGUCCCUCAUUUUAAGAAGUGCCACCAAUGCCCCAGGAUGGGUUAUGAUUGGUAUUUUUUUCUUAUUAUUUUGUUUUUGUUUACCUGCUACAUUUCUGAACUGAAGCCAAAAUUCGUUGAGAUGAAUGUGUGAUUUACAAAGAUGGUGGAGUCCAUUAUUGUCAGCCUCCUUCAGGGUACAAUAUCAAACUAAGGCACAUGACUUUCAAAUUUUACUUUAGCUUGUGUAAAGAUGGGGAACAAGGAGUGUGACUUCAGAUAAAUCCAACACUCUCCUUGGAUCCGUAACAGCAGUGUGGCACUUGAUUGUUGUUUCGCCCAAUCACUUGCUUGGUUAAUGCUUGUUGUCAGCAAGAAACCUAUUUGUUGUAUCCUCUGAGAGACAAAGUGCAGUUUGACUGAAAGUAGCUGAAAAAAGGGCAAGUAGCCUAUCUAGUGUGCCUUUGCAAUCCCUCUCCCUUUAGAUGUUUUCGUUUCUCUUUUCUAAACCCCUCACCACCCCUCUCCCUUGGUCCUUAUCUUCAGUGUACCAGCGGUUAAGUCUCUGUUCACAUGAAACUCUGAGGGUCACCAGCAGGAAGCACUCGAUGUCACAAGAACUGUUCCAGAAACGGAUGCAGCCGAAGAAGCACCAAGCAGAGUGAGUGGUGAGAAAGCAAUCCCAUGCCACAAGACUAUUUACUGUACAUUCUGUAAUCAGUCUUGUUUUAUAUUGUACAUACAGAUAGCUUAUACGCACAUGAUGUCAGUUCAACUUAAAAAUUAGGGUAUGUCAGGAAAAUGUUUCCUCACAAAAUAAUGCCAAGUGAGAAAUCCAAAGUGAAGUCAAACUGCCUUUUUUUUCCUGAAGUUACAAAUGACAAUGAUAUUGUCAGUGACCCUAAAGUGAAACAAACAUUUUAUAUGACCACUUCCAACUUACCAUAUAUUUUCUGUUUCUGAAAAACAAACUAUAGAAAAAAACUACAUCUAUAGACACUUAGACACGUUUUCCAGACCACCAUUGUGUUCAAACAUGACAUGAGUCAGUGACAGUUAAACUGCUUUGAAGGUACAAUUUAAUUAUUGAAAUAAAAUGUCAUCUUGUUAUAAAAAAGGAACAUUGACCUUAACAUAUUAAUAACAUAUAUAAAUAUUAUAUAUAAAUAUGUAAUUUUUUUACUAAUUUCUUGUACAUUUAUUCUCAAUAACUUUGGCAGGUACAUGUAGAAGGUGUUCACAAAGGAGAUUGUUUUCAUUGCUGCACAAAUCCAAAUAUAAUUGUAACAAUUUAUUUUGCUACAUUUGAAAAAUUAUUUCCAUCCAGACAUAAUCCGCUAGUCCUUUCAACAUACAAUUAAACUUUAAUUCUGAAAGGUGAAGUUUCAGUAUACAAAGUGUACAACCUUUUAGUGAUCACACACAAAUACCAUUGUGGUUUCAACCUUUGGAAAAUUUCUAGUCUUAUCCUGCUCACAUCUGUAGUCAGGUAAAUAAUUCAAACAUUUCAAACAACCAGAAUUGUGAAAAAAAAUAAAUAAAUAAAUUAAAUAAAAUAAAACAAAGCUACAUUUAUCUUUGUCCUGUAUUUCUACAUUUUUCUUUUUCUUUUUCUUUUUUUUUUUUUUACCAGGGUAGCUAUUAGAGCCACUGUGUCCUAUUGUGCUAUUUGACAGCCUAGAACUCCCAUCAUCCAUGGCUCUGCAUCAUUAGAGCAAAUUUGGUCAUAUUUCAAGUCUAAAUCUGCAACAUCUGCCAGGAAAGGAUGUGUUGUUUGAUUUCGCACAUUGGAUUUCACACAUGACUUAACCACAGAGGUAAUUGGGAUUUUUUUAUUAUUUUAUUUUUUUCGUAUCGUUUCACUAAAAGCAGCGUGUCGUGUUCGACCAAGGAGGCUACUCUAUGUUUGUAAUAGAGCAGUUUUGAACCUGCGUACUGGCAUGUCUGCGAAUACACUUGUAAUUGUGUGUGAACGUGUAUGCGUGGGUGUAUGCAUGUAAAUUCAGUAUUUGCCCUUGGGCCACACCCACACACUCUGAUGUUACCCCUUCAAUGAGGGCGAAGGAUGCAGUCAAGCAAGGGAACCUCUGUUUAAAUGUACAUGACUGAAGACUGGCAGUGUUGAUUUUAGCUUUUGCUUAGUUUCAUAUGCCUACUGAACUUUGCUUCACAGGCAGCAGUCAUGUUUUUGCUUGUGGGGGCGGCGUCUCGAGACAAAGAGCGUUCAUAAUUCAUAACUCUCCUCAGCUCUGGAGGGGACUGGUACGCUCCUGCUGCCUCUGUGCAGAAUGCACUUUGCCCAGGUUGUCUCGGUGGCAUCUCACCAAACAGACACACAUAGUUACAAGUUGUAUAUACGUACACAUCAACAGGUGCACGUAUCGUAUGCGAGAUGCAUAUGACAAUGCAGUUGUGUGCACACGCAAGCACACCUCACAGAAACUGACACCCUUUGCACAAACAAAAGCCCAGACAAGCAUUCCCUGUUAUUUCUGCUUCUUCAGAAUCAAUUUGAUGGAUCGAAUGUCUGGAGGUAUUACGGCUGACUGAUGGAGCCCGGAUACUAAAUGCGGCACAGAAUGGGACGUGGCAUCACUCAGAGGACAUGUGCACACACUUACAUAAAAAAAAAAA